CGAGCGCAGACAGAGCAGAUUGGAAGGAGAGACGAUGAUAUCGAUAUUGCGCAAGGCCGGAUUAUGUGGCUGCCGGCGUCGGAUUCUCUUCCCAACCACGCUGUAAAGCGAGCGCACGGGAAGGGCGCUGUCGAGGAAGGCAUCUACAAUCACCCCGUUGUGAUAGUCUCGAGGCCACAGGACGACAAACGAAGUGUCCACUUCCAUCUUAUCACGUCCUUGCAAGGCAAGAAGCUCGACCAGCUCUAUCCCAAAUCUAACGAGUUCCACACGAGCCGACGCUCAUGGUAUCUGCCAAUUUCGCCCAGCCCCGAGCACCCAGAUGCAAGCUCGAAGAAGGCGAAGAAACGCUUCCCUACACUUGUGUUGGCAGAUGAUGCGGCUCUGCGGUGGGACUCAUAUGUCAACAUCCGACACGUGUACAAGAUCGACUGGACCCUUCUCAAGCCCUACUCGAACCUCAACACUCCCAAGAUGUCACUCUUCCGGCUUGACCGAGAGUCCACCGUGCGGAUGAUUGCCAAAGGAAAGGUCCUUACUUUGUAUGAGCCCAGCGAGCAGCUGCCAACUCCAGGGUUGCUGUCGAGGAAUACAGCGCCA